CUCUGGGUAUCUGCAUGGGGAGGAGACAGAAGGGCCACUAGACGUCAGCACCUUUCCACAUCCAUCCAGCUUCUGUUCGGCUGCUCUCUGUUAGAGAUUCGCCUUCCCAAAAGGAACCUACGAGAGAGAUUUUAAACGAACUCAGGCUGUUAUUUUUCUUAUGCAUUUUGCAGAGAAACUCUGAAGAAACUUUGUGUUCUGCAUCUUCCUGUAUCACCUUCAAACCAUUUUUUCUAUGUUCAUUUUCAUCAAAUGAGACUCUCGGAUUGCACAUCGCGCCAUGUCCUUCUGUCGAACUGAAGUGGACCAUGAGGUUAUGGGACAUCCUGAUCACUUGUUUGAUUCUGCACAGUGCAGGCAGGCUCAGCUCUCCUAUCCGGGGCCAACAGCGGUCUGCGUCUGCAGAGAGUCCCCUGGAGGCCCCCCCGGUUCAGCUCCGCUGGCCCCUCAUCUCUCCGGACAUUAACCCUGCAGAGGCAGCAGGCGAACUGGACUCAGGAGAAAAAUAUUCCAUUGAAGAGCUUAUCCAAAAUGAUAAAAAUGCUAUGGAUUUCAUCAAAGUAGUUAUCAAUAGAGUGCGCCGAUCCUCCUCAGCAGAGUCUUUCUCUACCUCCUUCUCUUCCCACCUCAGCGAAAACUGGAUCCGGAGGACUCGGCACAGAAGGAAGAGGAAGAAGGGAGCAAAGCUGAAGAGAGGCAAAGAGGAGAAAAUAGAAAAUAAAGGAGUCGAAAUGAGUGGGAGGAUUGGAAGAGGAGGAGGUGGUGGACGAGGACAGGGCUGCGUGCUCCGACAGAUUCACCUCAACGUAACAGACCUGGGCCUGGGCUACAGCUCCGGUGAGGAAAUGAUAUUCAGAUACUGUUCAGGACCCUGCAGAAAGUCAGAAACCAACUAUGAUAAAAUCCUGUUUAACCUGGUCAACAAAAGGAAACUCCCCGCCAAAGACGUGCCCCUGCAAGCCUGCUGUCGGCCAAUCGCGUUUGACGAUGACCUCUCCUUUCUGGAUGACAACCUGAUUUACCACACUGUAAGGAAACACUCUGCCAGGAAAUGUGGCUGUGUGUGAAUUUAUGUCACAUAGAAUAAGAUUUAGGCUAUUAGUUAUACUUCAUAUUUUUACAUUAAAACUAUGCUGCAUAAUGUGAUUGUAAAAGUCAACAGGUGGCAGUAUUAGUUGUUCUGUUUAAUGAUUAAGUUCUUUUACACCUAAUCUGCUACAAAGACAAUGAACUCUCUAAUGGCUACAGUUUUCAAACUACAUAUUUGAUACUAAAAAGGAAGAACUGGCUACUAGUGACAUCCUCUUGAAUAUGUCAGUCACACAUGAAAAACGAUUUAUAAAAUGUAUAUUGUUUUAACUUAUUGACAUAUUUAUUUCCCUUUAUAAAGGUAUAAAUGCUAUUUAUUGCUGUGAAUGGAUAUCCUCAAAUAUUUUAACAUGUUAACAUAAGAGUUUCUAUUAUAGGAGGUGAUGUUUAGGGUUCUUAGUUGACCUGCAGAGUCGAGUAAGGAUGCAGUUUUUUUCUCUUUACAUCAGUCCUUCAGUUAUGGUUAUAUAUAAUGCAGGUUUAUCAAGUUUAAAGGAUUUGUUUUUCCAUCAAUAAAGAAAAUACAAUUUUAAAGUGAAGCAAACAAAAAUCUGAUUUCUGUUAAAUGGGGAUCUGUA